AUGCCGCGGAGAAAGAAAAAAGUUAAAGAAGCCUCUGAAGCUCAGAACCUGGAGAAGAAAGAUGUAGAAACUACCAGUUCUGUCAAUGUGAAGAAGAAGCGUAGACUUGAGGAUGCAUACAUUGUGAUAUCUGAUAGUGAUGGAGAGGAGCCACAGGAGGAAAAUGGAUUGCAGAAAACGAAGGCAAAACAGUCAAAUAGAGCAAGGUGUUUGGCUAAAAGAAAAAUUGCACAAAUGACAGAAGAAGAACAGUUUGCUCUGGCUCUCAAAAUGAGUGAACAGGAAGCUAGGGAGGUGAACAGCCAGGAGGCGGAAGAAGAGGAGCUCUUGAGGAAAGCCAUUGCGGAGAGCCUGAAUAGUUGCCGGCCUUCUGAUGCUUCUGCUACCAGAUCUCGACCUCUGGCCACUGGACCAUCUUCACAGUCCCACCAACAGAAAACCACAGACUCUGGGACCACUGAAGGCAUAUGGCAGCUGGUACCUCCAUCACUGUUUAAAGGCUCACAUAUCAGUCAGGGAAACGAGUCUGAGGAAAGAGAGGAGCCUUGGGACCACACUGAAAACACUGAAGAGGAGCCGGUCUCUGGCAGCUCAGGAAGCUGGGACCAAUCAAGCCAGCCAGUGUUUGAGAAUGAGAACUUUAAAUGUUUUGACAGAUGUACUGGCCACUUGGCUGAGCACACACAGUGUGGGAAGCCACAGGAAAGUACUGGGAGGGGUUGUGCUUUUCACAAAGCUGCCCAGGGUAGGGGGGACACAUCUAGGCACUGUCUGCGUACCCCAGCAGAUGCCAAAGGUCUCCAGGACACUGGGGGCACUGUACACUACUUCUGGGGUAUUCCAUUCUGCCCUGAUGGAGUAGACCCUAACCAGUAUACCAAGGUCAUUCUCUGCCAGUUGGAGGUUUAUCAAAAGAGCCUGAAAAUGACUCAGAGGCAGCUCUUAAAAAAAAAAGGUUUUGGGGAACCAGUGUUACCUAGACCUCCUUCUCUGAUCCAGAAUGAAUGUGGCCAAGGAGAUCAGGCUAGUGAAAAAAAUGAAGGCAUCUCAGAAGAUGUGGGAGAUGAAGACAAAGAGGAGAGGCAGGAGUCUAGGGCAUCUGUCUGGCACUCAAAAACCAAGGAUUUCCAAGAAAGUCCAAUUAAAAGCUUGAAAGAGAAACUUUUGUUGGAGGAAGAACCAACAACCAGUCAUGGUCAGUCUUCCCAAGGACUCUUUGUUGAAGAAACUUCUGAAGAAGGAAAUUCUGUACCUGUCUCACAGAGCGUUGCUGCUUUGACCAGUAAGAGAAGCUCAGCCUUUAUGCCAAAGAGUUCUGCAGAGGAAAUCACCGUGUGUCCUGAGACACAACUAAGUUCUCCUGAAACUUUUGACCUUGAAAAAGAAGGCUUUCCAGAUGGCAGAGAGACCCUGGAUGAAGUAAGAAUAAUGGCAGAUAAGGAGGUUCUUCAAGUUGAUAACAAGAAAGAUGCUGAGAAGGAAAUAUCUACUUCUAUCUUCUCAUCUAGUGCCCAGGUAUCCUGCCCACUCUGUGACCAAGGCUUCCCACCCACAAAGAUUGAGCGACAUGCCAUGUAUUGCAAUGGGCUGAUGGGGCAAGAUACAGUGUUGACUCGGAGUCAAAGAGAGGCCUUGAAUAGAAGUGACUGUGCGACAGCUGCUCAGACUUCCCUAAACGUUGACAAGGAUGAGAAGUGUUACCUCUGUAAAUCCCUGGUUCCGCUCAGAGAGUACCAGUGUCACGUAGAGUCUUGUCUCCAGCGCGCAAGACGUGACCGAGGAGAUGAGCCUGAAGAGGGUGAGCGAGUGCGCACAGCUGUGGGGAGGAGGCGUCCGCAGCGGCUGAGGAACCUAAAGGAUAAAGGCCAAAAUGAAGGUCGUCUCCUCCGUCUCUUGGAACAAUCUGAGUACAGGACUGCAGAUGCAGAGAUAAAGACCAAGUUUUCAGAAACAGGAGCCUUCAGGGUGUCUUCACCAGGGCUAGAAGAAGCAGGCUGCAGCAGAGAGAUGGAGAGUUCCCUUACACAUCUCGAUUCAAAUGAGUCUCCCAUCAAGUCUUUUGUUUCUGUUUCAGAAGCCACAGAUUGCUUAGUGGACCUUAAAAAGCAGCUUACUGUCCAGCCACGUAGCCAGACACAAACCAAAGCAGGUAGAGGAAGAAGGAGGAAAUCCUGA